AAGGAAUACUACACUGGACUAGUCCUGGGAAGGAGGUUGCUUUGAAAACAGAAGCCAUGGCAGGACUCCAGAGAACUACCAAGGACCUUCAGGGGGUUUGGAGGACAAUCUAGAAGGAUGGACGAGGAGGAAGCCCCAGUUCCUGAUGCACCAGACUUUCCUGCCCCAGAGGACCCAGCAGAGGCCCCUGACCUAGAGGCCCCAGAAGAUCCCCCAGUAGAGGGUGGUGUGGAGGCCGGAGGAGUUCAGCCAUCCAGAGACAGCCGUAAACUGGACUGUAUCAUCUGCUACUGUGCCUUCAACCUGACUGAGAGGCUGCCACGUAAGCUCUACUGCAGCCACACCUUCUGCCAGGCCUGCCUGAGACGCCUCGACACCAUCCUCAAUGAACAGAUGUGGAUCCCCUGUCCACAGUGUCGGCAGAACACCCCCCUCCCACGCGGGGGCGCUACAGCCCUGGACCUAGACCUAGUAGCCUUCUUGGCAGUCAAGGCCGAGAUGGAAAACCAGAGGUCUUGCUCACGGCAGGGAGGAAGAGAGCUAGGCACCCAGCUGGAGCACAAGCCCUCUUUUGGGAAGCAGUCCAUCAUAGAGCAGCCUCAGGCCACCUGGAACCAUGGAGGAUUGGCUGAGCCUCGCUUCCAUAGGAGCCCCUGCUGCAGGCGCUUCUUCUGCUGCUGGUGGUGCUGCUAGGCUGCUCAGGCAUGUAUGAAUGACAGGAGUUGGUUAAAGCAUCUGGCCAAGAGUUCCCAUUACAGUACCUCCUGCAGCUGAUUAUAGGGACGCCUGGGCUUCCAAGGCUACAAAGUGGAAAAUGCCUGUCUGCCUGACCUGGACAGACACCAGGCCUUAGUUGUGUGUGUGAUUACACUACUGAGAAGAACAGUGGUCAGGAGACAAAGUUGUGUUGGGGUAACAUUGAGUCUAUCGUUUUACAAAGAUACUUUGAUUUGAAGACUCAUAGAAAAAUGUUUCAGCGCUCAAAAAGGGAUGCUUGAUAAGGA